AUGGGAGCAAUCACAGCAGUACUGAGCGUGUUGGCACUGGCUGCUUUCGGCUGGGGCGCGCCACUGGAGGACAAACCGUGGGCCCUAAUUCCCGACGACCAGGGACGGAUUCACCUGCUGAAUGUGAACCCGCACGAUGUGCCGACCGUCGUCGACGAGGUCGAGCCACUGUUCAACCCCGAGACGGACAUGGUGUUUCGUAUGUACACCCGCCGGAACCCGGUGCACCCGCAGGUAAUCCACUGGAACGACCAGGGCUCCGUGUCGAACAGCAACUUCAACCCGGCCCACCCUACGCGCUUCCUUAUCCACGGGUUCCUCGAGGGCGAGGAUGCCAGCCUUCACUGGAGCAUCAAGGAUCACUACAUCCGGAUCGGGGAGUUCAACAUCAUUAACGUGGACUGGGGCGCGGGCUCCCAGACGAUCAACUACAUCGCGGCCCGCAACCGAGUGGGCGCGGUCGGAGAGAUCAUUUCGCGCAUGAUCAACACGAUGGUGGCCGCGACCGGAGUGUCGCGCGACAACAUCAACCUGAUCGGGCACAGUCUGGGGGCGCACGUCGCGGCCAACGCUGGCAAGAACCAGAACGGACAGCUAAACACGAUCAUCGGUCUCGAUCCGGCCGGCCCGCUGUUUUCGGCCGGUCAGGGGGACCUCUUCGCAGCGAACGAUGCCCACUACACCGAGGCCAUCUACACGAACGCCGGUCUGUUGGGCUUCAACGCGCCUCUGGCCCACGCUAACUUCUACCCGAAUGGGGGUCGCUCGCAGCCGGGUUGCAUUCUCGACGUGGCCGGUAUCUGCGCGCACAAUCGCGUGAACGACUUCUUCGCCGAAACCGUUUCGACGUCGGUCGGAUUCCGAUCGGUGCGCUGUGCCGACCACGGCGAAAUCCUGGCCGGACGCUGCACUCCCAGCGGGGCGGACGCACACAUGGGCGGUGAACCGUCGAACCGGGGCCGUGGUGUUUCCGGUGUCUACCAUCUGACCACGAACUCCAACUCGCCGUUCGCACAGGGCUAA